AUGGUGUCCAGACUCGUCUGCCCGCUAUGUGGGUCCUUUCUCGAUCAAGAUCGGCUGCGAAAUGUCCCAAAUCCCUCGCAUUGGGGCAUUCGCCUAUGGUCCACGGAAGUCCGGGGACUUUAUGCAGUCGACGAUGACACGGGCCGAAUCGCGGUCACUGGGGUCGGCGUGAUACGCAACCACAAUAUCCUUCACGCAUCAGUCGACCAGGAUCAAGCCUAUUUCGACGUGGCCGAUUUUAAUGCCCUGGACCUAUGGGUGAUCCGGGACUUUUCAGUAAAUCGGGGGUGUUUCGCAUUCCACGAUUCAUGUUGGAAUUUGCUUCUCUCGAGGCUCCGCCAAGGCAAUGCCUUCAUAGACGAUGCGACCAUCUUGAGGUCGGUCUUCGACCAACUCUACUACAGUCCUGCCCCCGAAGCCCCUGGUCCAGAAGAUAGUAGUCAGUACUUUGGAUUUGCUGACCCUUGUGGAAUAUUCUCUCUGGAUCAACUCGAAAGCAUAAGGCGCGACGAGCGUGGCACUAUUCCGCCACGAGGUAUGGAGCCGGGAAGUGACGACGAGCGACAUUUACGCCAUAACACCUGGAUUCAAGUAAGUGUGUUGGAGUCUGGGUACAAUAUUUUUAGCAGGCUACCGGAUGAAAUGCUGUUUGAGGUCCUUACAUAUUUAAGUUACCGUCAGGUCCAAAAUAUUAGACUCACAUGCCGAUAUCUAAACUGGCGGGCAAGAAAGGCCAAGCUCCCUCAGUCCUACUGGCGGAGUAGAUUUAUGCUCGGCCAGGAGUUUGACUUCAUUUUCCCCAGCCUCCGUACGUCACGGGACUGGUACAAGCUCUACGCCGGUACAAAAGUAUAUUCAAGGAGCAGUUCGCGAGCCCUAACCAAUAGAAGGGAAAUCUGCCAGCGAUUGGAGCAUAUUGCAUCUCUAGUUGAAUUAGAGCCUACUAAACGGAAUGGUGGGCAAGGUUUUAGCUAUCGUCCGGAGAAAUCUCGACGCAAUAUUCCUGUCUUGGUGGAUAUAGCGAUCUCCACGCGGGAUCACCUACGCGCAAAAGUCAUGCUUUAUUUUUCUGGCCAUCUAACAUCCGCCGAGGCACAUUGUCCUUUGCAAGAUGAAUGUCUAUUGCUUUACCGAAAGGCUCAGUCGCUGGUGGCUCUGCGAAAUCGUCGUCAACUCCGAAUUGGUAUCUCGACUGUUAAACUUGGUUCAGGGCAAUUCAUAUCCGGUAUCAAACUGUUCCCGGCAGGUGAUAGAAGUGGAAUCAGUCAAUCAAUUGGCUAUCCCAACCCAGACACUGAGGAAUGGAUUGACAUACCUAGGGGCUCACAUAUCAGGGCUUUCGAAGUACAUUUCUCCCCAGAAGGGCUCAGGGCAAUUAGGAUACUAUGCGCUAAUUUGGGAGAGUCUCACUGGGUUGGCAACCCCGACAUUAAAGGAACAGCUCGCGGCAUACUGUCCAUUCCAGGUGGAAAGGAGCCGUACUAUCUGUUAGCAGGUUUGGAUCGGUUCAAAAUUGUUGCACUUGGGUUUGGCGAAGUGGCUAAACCCUAUAAGCAUGCUCCGAAACCACUCCAUUCUUCCGCGGCCAACACCCUCCCUUCACGUGCCGAUUCUCAUCUGUGGAUGCCACCUGUUUCACUGCACAUGAGUUCAUUCAUCAGCCCCCUGCUCCCCUGCAGGGCCUCUGGGCCCUUUAAUCCGCUAUUGAAUUUUGACUUCGGUAGCCGAAGGGGUCUUCGUCUCAGGGACUUAACAACUCUUGAAUUCCAUUUGAGAUUUCACCGCCAUCCACUUGUUGGGAUGGUUGCACGCUACUCUCAUGGCAAUGUUGUGAAGUGUGGUGUCGUUGGCGAAAACGUGAUGUCCUUUUUCUUAGAUAGCUCGAAUGGAGAGCGUAUCACGCAAAUAAGGGUUCUGAGAGAUAACCGCUAUCAUACCCGAGCCGUUCGCUUGGUCGGGCUUGAGGUCCGUUCUACAUCGUCUCCAAGGUUUCGCCACCAUGCUGACCGCGGUCUAGGUCUCAACCAACUAUGGACGAACCGCCACGUUUGCCCCCCUCUUCCAUCGUCUCAAUGCAUCCGUCCGAACAAUAUCAGAAAGUAUUUCGAACAACUCCGAAUUCAUUCUCAAUUCUGCAUCGCCCUACCCGCGAGUCCGCACAAUCUGGACCGCGAAUGUCAUCGGGUACCGGAGGAUCAGAUACAAUAUGAUCUGAUGUUGCACCACAAUAGUAGCGAGAAGAACGAUAUGAAAUGUUACCAAACUUAUGCAUCUCUCAAGGGAGUUCGCACAAUCACCGCAUCUACAGGCAAUACGCACUAUUCUCGCUCUAGGCAUUGGAUCACUGGUUUGAAGAUUGAGUAUUAUAAUCACCCCAGUCCAAAUGUUGUUGGACAAUGGAUACGUCCACUACACGGUGAAGUCCUUGAAUUGGAUCCAGGCGAGGAAAUCAAAUCGAUUACUGUAUGGGUCGGUUUCGAUAGUUUCAUUUCCCAGUUCCCUGAGUUGAGUACAGGUAACAUCGCAGCCAUAUGGAUCGACGCGGGGAUGCACAGGGCGAGGUUUUCCACUCCAAUCUUCCAGUCCGGCGCAGUCAUACAGUCUCAAUAUCUACGUGACGCUGACAAGGAGCUGACGGCUAUCUCAUGGGUAGUCAGCGCGGAGUCGGAUAGGGUUCGCGCAGUCAUGUCCCCAUACGGAAGCCAGAGAUCGCGCACUCUCAUGCCAACCUUGUCUCCGCCAUAUGACCGUGUACGGAAGCUUUACUUCAAGAGACAAGACGGCUCUUCCCGGGGAAGGAAGAUUGUCAAGGCAGAAGCCUGUAUCUAUGGGGAUGAAAUCUCUGGACUGAGAUUCACUUAUCAGUCACGCAAUCAAGCGGCCGUCGGUGAUACCCGUAGCGGUAUGACCCGUCAGGUCGUGGAAUUUUCCAAUACUGAUAUUAUUAUGGGCUUGUCAGUGAAGACGUCCGGUACUGCAUUAUUGAAGAUUCAAUUCGAGGUCGAACGGGACGGGACGCAGCGAUGUCUCAGCCUCGGAAUCCCCAAUGAUCAGAGAUCGCAGUGUGACCGGCAUCUUUACUGGGGAGAUAUACCAGCCAACGUUGAGACUGCAGGCGACAUAUUUGAGCAGGAACCAAUAGAUAAAAUUUAUAAACCACCGAAAGAUUCGAAGCUUAUUGGGAUCUAUGUGGAUUGUGACUGCAUCUCUGAGAUCGGCGCCAUAUACGAGCCUGAACGUUCGCAGUGA